CAGUUCAGGGGGAAGAAAGAGAAGACGGAGCUACAGCCCCGCCGAUAUUCCAUAGAAGCAGUCUUUAUUAUUUUAUAAUACUUCUUGUGGUUUAAAUCGACACAGCCAUCAAACGCCUGGCCCUAGUUUGUCGACACACUUUCCCCCUGCCCCUGCACACUCACAGAAAAGAAAAUGAGCGGCAGCGGGCGGCCCAGGACCAGCUCGUUUGCCGAACCGCCGGGGGCUCCGGGAGCUGCUGCAGCCGCUGCCGGAAGCGCCGUUGCCGGUGGAAGCGCUUCAGGAAAGUCCGGGGCUGCUCAGGCCUCCGGCGCUACUUCGACUGGCUUUGGAAACUUGAAGCUUAGCAGGGACAGUGGGAAGGUGACCACAGUGGUAGCCACACCUGGACAAGGUCCAGAUCGCCCACAGGAAGUGUCCUACACGGACAUUAAAGUGAUUGGUAAUGGCUCGUUUGGAGUGGUGUAUCAGGCCCGACUCAGCGACAGCAACGAGAUGGUGGCAAUCAAGAAAGUGCUGCAGGACAAACGGUUUAAGAACCGAGAACUACAGAUCAUGCGCAAGCUGGACCACUGCAACAUUGUUAGGCUACGCUACUUCUUCUAUUCCAGCGGAGAGAAGAAAGAUGAGGUGUAUUUGAAUCUGGUGCUGGACUACGUACCAGAGACCGUGUACAGAGUUGCACGCCACUUCAACAAGGCCAAGACCACCAUACCUAUCAUCUACGUCAAAGUGUACAUGUAUCAGUUAUUCCGCAGUUUGGCAUAUAUCCAUUCCCAAGGCGUCUGCCACAGAGACAUAAAACCACAAAAUCUCCUCGUGGACCCUGACACCGCUGUUCUCAAGCUGUGUGAUUUUGGCAGUGCAAAGCAGUUAGUUCGCGGCGAGCCCAACGUUUCGUACAUCUGCUCGCGGUAUUACCGCGCCCCCGAGCUCAUCUUCGGAGCUACGGAUUACACUUCUAACAUUGAUAUCUGGUCAGCCGGCUGUGUAUUGGCUGAGUUGCUGCUGGGCCAGCCCAUUUUCCCCGGUGACAGCGGAGUUGACCAGCUAGUCGAAAUCAUUAAGGUUUUGGGCACGCCGACAAGAGAACAGAUCCGGGAAAUGAAUCCCAAUUACACGGAGUUCAAAUUCCCUCAGAUCAAAGCGCAUCCCUGGACUAAGGUGUUUAAACCCAGGACGCCUCCGGAGGCCAUCUCUCUGUGCUCCCGUCUGCUGGAAUACACACCAGUGACCCGUCUGUCCCCUCUAGAGGCCUGUGCCCACGCUUUCUUCGAUGAACUGCGCCAGCCCAACGCCCGCCUGCCCAGCGGUCGAGAGCUGCCCUUGCUCUUCAACUUCAGUCCUGUGGAGCUGUCUAUCCAGCCACAGUUGAACUCCACUCUCAUUCCUCCUCAUGCUCGCUCGCAGACGACGCCUGUUUCUCACGAAGGCGGCGUCUCGGACAGCUCAGCCCAGUCCAGCUCUGCACCCGGAGCCCUGAGCAACAGCACCUGAGCAUUACCUCUGUGUUUCUGCACCGUUCUCCCUCCUCGCCUUCUCAUCCUCCUCAUCCUCCUUCUCCUCCUCCUCCUGUCACUUAUCCCUCGUUCCAGCCUUUUCAAAGCUCCAGAACCCGAAUCUGUUUCUUUCAGAUUCCAAAUCCCUUCGUUACACAUUUAGAACCCUUUCAGGAGAACGUUUUUUUUUUUUUUUUUUGGGCUGUGUUGUUCAUUUCAGGUAGAUUUUGUCCUUGACGAGGUUUGCGGCUGUGUGGUUUAAAGGUAAAGAAUGGUUUAUUGAGGCAUUUCUGACCUCUAGUGGCAGGAGGAGAAAAGCAGAUUUAAUCCCCCUUUACUGUCUGCUCCGUCUCUGUGGAGGUCCAACCUUUUUAUUAUGUUUUAAACAGAAAUACACCUCAUACAGCCACAAAAUGCAGGUGUAUUCUUUUAUUUUAGUUUGCUCUUAAAGGUUUAAAGAAUUUUAGCUGUUUUUUUUUUUUUUUCCUUCAACGAGACCAUGUUCUUGAUACGAGUGUGGAAGUGUUUUAAUGGAACAGUGAGUGUAAGUGGCGGGCUUGUCUUUUGUCUCUUUGGCUGGAGUUUCUUCCAGGGGAAAAUAAAAGCCCGACUACUUUUUUUUUCUUGAUCGGUUCAAGUCGAAAGAGCUCUAUCUAAAGCUCAAGUACCAAAACCUGUCCGAGCGAACCGUGCUGGUGCAGGAUCAGAUUUUUGUCCCUCACAUCCCCGUGAAUGUUAGUGAUAGGGAUGGAGACGGCUGAUCCUAGAGCAGUACCCAUUAAUCCUGGCCCCUUGUGCUUUCUGUAAAGGUUUUUUUCUUCUAUUCCUGCGAGGACGACGCCUCGUCCUCGAACGUAUAGAAACAUAGGCACACACAACAACUUUAUUUUGUUUGUGGCACUGGCAAUAUCCUCUGCUCUUGAAAAUCACACAAUUCUAUAAGAGUUCAGAUCAUACAGUGAUUGUGUGUGUGUGUGUGCGCGUGUUUCAGUAGAGUUAGAAAAUUUAAAUAUUUAAAUGGCUGCUGAUCUGUGACGAUUCUAUAUCAUUGUAAGUAUCAUAGAGCCCCACAAGUCAUGUGCACACACACACUGAUGUCUGAUGUCCCUCCACUCCCACCUGGAGCCAUCCAUCCGUCCCCCUCCAUCCGCACUUCUCCCUUCUCUCACUGCUGAUAUGUAAAUAUCAUGUAACUUUUACUUUUUUUUAUUAUUGUUAUUCUGUUCUCGUACCUUGAUUUUUUUUUUUUUUUUUUUUUUCUAGUGGAGUAGUGCUGGUUAAAAUAGUGGCCAGCUCUCUCUGUCUCUCUCUCUGUCUUUCCUUCUCCCAGUGCUCUCAUUUGUACAUAGCAUUUCAACUUGUCCCUCGCCUCACCCCUGCCAAGGGAAUUGGGGGGGAAAUGGAACAAAACUGAGUCUCGCUUUUUCUCUCUUUCUCCUUUCCUCCGUCGCGCUCUCUCUCACCCUCUCUCUCCCGCAGUCCUUGUUCAUGUGCUCCCUUCCUCAUAAAUGUUAUUUCAAAUAUUUUAUUUAUUGUAUUGCAGACAGUGUUUUUUUUUUUUUUUUUUUUUUUCCUUUUUUUUUUUUUUUUUUAAUGAUCCGAUGGGGUAGAGACUUGUGUGUGACCUGUCAUUAGAACAACAUUCAUAUCCUUAACUUGAUAUUAUCUUGGAAUAUGCUCAAGAAUAUGUCCAGAACAUUCUGUGAGUCUCAUCAUGACGAAUGUUCCUAAAGGUGCAGGCGCACAGACGAUCACGAAACGAUAGCUAAACGUGGACUGCUUAGCCCAUCCAGGACUCAGUGAAUGGGUUAAGUGAGGGAGAGGGAGAGAGAAACUGUGUUUUUGUUUGUUGGUAUAAAUAAGCUCAUUAAUAAAGUGAUGAAAAGUGUCUCUGCCAGUGA